AUGGGCUUGCAUUUAUCUGAACCUUUUGAAGGGAUGCAGUUGUGCUGUGAAUCCAUCAAUGGCUCCUGCAUAAAGAACAGCUGGUCAAUGAGCAUCCGAUUUUCCAUGUACAUCUUCAUGCUGUGUGUGAUCCUGGCUACUGUGGCUGGCAAUCUGGCUGUUAUCAUCUCCGUAUCACAUUUCAAGCAGCUCCAGACGCCUACAAAUUUCCUUAUACUCUCAAUGGCCACGGUGGAUUUCCUUCUUGGCUUCUGUGUCAUGCCUUACAGCAUGAUAAGAUCCGUUGAGAACUGCUGGUACUUUGGAGAGUUCUUCUGCAAAAUCCACACCAGUGUGGAUAUCAUGCUGAGCACGGCUUCCAUUUUCCAUCUUUCCUUUAUCUCAAUUGACCGUUACUAUGCAGUCUGUGACCCGCUGCGAUACAAAACUAAGAUAAACACUUCUGUCAUAUUAAUCAUGAUUUUUAUCAGUUGGAUAUUUCCUGCCUUGUUCGCUUUUGGACUGGUCUUUUUGAAACUCAACGUAUUGGGAGCAGAAGAAAAGUUCCACGAGUUUAUUUAUUGUGUGGGAGGAUGCUUCGUCUUUUUCAAUGAAACUUCGGGUGUAGUGGCCUCCAUGUUUUCCUUUUACAUCCCUGGGUUUGUCAUGCUAGUUGUCUAUGGGAAGAUAUACAUAAUAGCCCAAAGGCAAGCCAGAUCCAUUACAGCUGCUAUGAGCCAAAUACAGAUAAGGUUUGAACUACAGCGUCAUAUCUCCCAAAACAGAGAACGAAAAGCUGCAAAAACAUUAGGUAUAGUGGUUGGGGUUUUCCUCAUAUGCUGGUCCCCAUUCUUCUUCUGCACCCUCUUGAGCCCAUUUAUGAAUUAUACAAUCCCACCUCUCCUUAUUGAUGCAAUGGUUUGGUUUGGUUAUUUGAAUUCAACACUGAACCCAAUUGUUUAUGCAUACUUUUAUUUAUGGUUUCGAAGGGCCCUGAAGCUGAUUUUAUUGGGGAGGGUUUUUCAGCAGGAUUCAUCCAGAACUCAAUUAUUUUUGGAAUAAACCAGGGGUGAAAUCUACUUACCUUCCCUACCAGUUCAGAAGUGUAUGCGCCACGCAUCAUGUGCAUGUGCAGACCCUCUGUGCAUGCGCAAACCCUUCUGCACAUGCGCAGAGAGUAAAAAACAGGUUACUUCCUUGUUAAAACCAGGAAGUAAUGAUGACCGGGCAGGUGGGCGGAGCCUCACGCUGCUGUCGCUACCGGUUUUCCAAACCACCCGCCACCAUCGCUACCAUUUCGGCCGAACCGGUAGCAUUUCACCCUUUGAAUAAACCAUACUGAAAGGGAGACACAGUUCCUCAAUAUUUCUUUCUCCUCAG